GACGUGAGUUGACCAGCUCCGCGGCGGGUUCGCGGAGAUCAGUGGCCAGCGGCAUCGGGUGCCCGGCCGGCCAGCGUCCGAGGUUGUGCGGGACGGUGUUUGGCCGGGGCCAUGACGGGCAAUGCCGGGGAGUGGUGCCUCAUGGAAAGCGACCCCGGGGUCUUCACCGAGCUCAUUAAAGGAUUCGGUUGCCGAGGUGCCCAAGUAGAAGAAAUAUGGAGUUUAGAGCCUGAGAAUUUUGAAAAAUUGAAGCCUGUUCACGGGUUAAUUUUUUUGUUCAAGUGGCAGCCAGGAGAAGAACCAGCAGGCUCUGUGGUUCAGGACUCCAGACUUGACACGAUAUUUUUUGCCAAGCAGGUAAUUAAUAAUGCUUGUGCUACACAAGCCAUAGUCAGUGUGUUAUUGAACUGCACUCAUCAAGAUGUUCAUUUAGGAGAGACGUUGUCGGAGUUUAAAGAAUUUUCACAAAGUUUUGAUGCAGCUAUGAAAGGUUUGGCACUGAGCAAUUCAGAUGUCAUCCGACAAGUGCACAACAGCUUCGCCAGACAGCAGAUGUUUGAAUUUGAUGCAAAGACAUCAGCCAAAGAAGAAGAUGCUUUUCACUUUGUCAGUUACGUUCCUGUUAACGGAAGACUGUAUGAGUUAGACGGACUGCGGGAAGGACCGAUUGAUUUAGGUGCGUGCAAUCAGGACGACUGGAUCAGCGCCGUGAGGCCCGUCAUAGAGAAAAGGAUACAAAAGUACAGUGAAGGUGAAAUUCGAUUUAACUUAAUGGCCAUUGUGUCUGACAGAAAAAUGAUAUAUGAACAGAAGAUAGCAGAGUUACAAAGACAGCUUGCCGAGGAGGAACCCAUGGAUACGGAUCAGGGUAACAUGUUAAGUGCUAUUCAGUCAGAGGUGGCCAAAAAUCAGAUGCUUAUUGAAGAAGAAGUGCAGAAACUAAAAAGAUAUAAGAUUGAAAAUAUCAGAAGGAAGCACAAUUACCUGCCUUUCAUUAUGGAAUUGUUAAAGACGUUAGCAGAACACCAGCAGUUAAUACCACUGGUAGAAAAGGCAAAAGAAAAACAGAACGCAAAGAAAGCACAGGAAACCAAAUAAAGAUGCUUUGGGAUGUGCACACAUUUCUGCUUCUGCAAUUAUUUCCAUGGGAACCAUUAAGUGUAAAGGACAUUGAGCAACACCCCGACUGACUCUGCACGUUUGGCGAUAGUACCGGUCUGUUUUGUCGUUAAUGCAUGGACCCACAAACGUUUCCCUACCUGCAUCAUGUGCAUGGAGUGCCUAUUAAAUACAAAUGAUGCUGAGAGUGCUUGCCCAAAUUCCAUUAUUUGACCUUGGACCUGAGAACUUCUGUGAUUCCCUGCAUAUAUAGCUACUGUAAUGGGCCUAGAAAAUGAACAAAUGGUAUUCUCUACCUGUAAUUGUUAAAAUUAAUCCUUUGAUCACUUAGCUCUGUCAAAUGCUUAAAGUUUAUAAAUGUCAGAUCUUGAAUGAACGUGAUCUCUUGUUUCUUCUGAUCAUUAAUGGGAAAAAAAUCAGUAUUUCUGUCUUGGAUAAUUAAAUAUUUUGAGGAUUUUAAAA